AUGGCGCCGAAACUCGACAUUCUGUGCUUCUCUUUGUCACUGCUGUCGGCAGCAUGUCUCGCACACCUUGUCCCUGUUUCGACUGCCUUCGACCGGCCCGUCCACACCGUGAUCCUUGCGCUCACGGCUUGUGCCUUCGUUUUACCGAGCGCCAACCGGGCAAUAUCCCCACUAUUUCCUCCCUCAGACGCAAAACAAAGUCGAGGCCAGUAUACGGCCCUACCUCUGGAAGAACUCGGUGAGGAGGCCAAUGGAAGACUGGAACACCCAGAUCCAACUCCAGCGCAACACAGACACACUGCCAAAGUUCGCGUAUCGGUGCUGGCCCUGGCAGUUUCCACCUUGUCUUUGCGCAUCGAAUUGUUCCGGCGCAUUUCUCUGGCGACAGAAUGUACUAUCGCCAGCGUCGAAAUGUUUCUACCGUUCUUGUUGGCCAUCUAUGAUUCCUUCAGGUUUCAGCGCUCGGUCGACUUGGAGGAGGAGGAAAAGCCCGACGUGUCUGUGUACGAGUCAUUACGCGCCACUGUCAGGACCUACAUGUUGAGACCACGGACGCGGUAUCUCCUGUCAAUGUUCAUGGUGUCCUACGGCUGCUACCUCACCCAAGGUCUAUGGACCUCAACAAACUCGACCUACAUCUGCUCACUAGCCCUCGGCGAAGCCAAGGCAAUUCCGAUGAUGCAAGUCUGCGCCCUUGUGUUGGAUUUUUGUCUCGCCGUCAUUGCCUGUGAGACUCUCCCAAAGUCUGACGGCAGCGGACUGUCAGGACGACGAUGUGUCGUCCUCUGGAGCUCGACCAUGAUUGCCACGUCGGUCAUUUGGUCGAUUGCGGCUAUAUUUGUCUACAUUUUCAAGCCAGAAUACCGGCUCUGGCUUCUGUUUCUUUCUCCGCCACUGGAUUUGGGCACAAUCUUUGCCAUCGGAUGUCACGUUUUUCUUUUCUGCGUUUUGUGUAUAACGCUUCUGCAUAGUAUCAUGACUUAUGGCGCCUUGGAAAUGACGACGUACCUUACCGCUCUCAUUACUAUGAUACCCGCCCUCGAGUUUAUUUGGUCACACAGGAAUCCUUUCCCUCAAACGCCUUUCUCCGCAACAACAUUGUCCUUCCUCCUGAUCUUUUUUGGGCAGUGGGCGUAUCGUUGGAUACAACAGGAGCUGGGUGACAAAGACCCAAUGCGACCGUCGCGUCAAUUCCUCCUCUUUGUUGUCCUCUGCGUUGCUAUCUUUCCCAGUUGGCUCAAGCAAGACUACGUCCAUUUUCAUCCGAUUGACAUGCUCAUGUAUGACGCCACGCUCCAUCAUAAUAAGUAUCUCGAGACAUUGGGCAGCAAUUCGUCCCUCGCGGAGGCUGUCACUGCGUACACGCAGAGAUACCACCGGAAUCCCCCUCCUGGGUUCGACGUCUGGUUUGAGUACGCAAAGAACAGAUCUGUUUUGAUCAUAGACGAAUAUGACCAGAUCUACCACGAUUUGCUGCCUUUUCGCGCGCUCCCCCCGUCUGAGCUGAGAAGCCAGACUUGGAAAAUGGUAUCUAACCCCUGGAAUGAGAUUUCGGGGAUUACCAUCCGUGACGGAGAAGCCAAGGUGCAAGAGAACGUGCUCCCAACGCAUCGAUGGAUGCUCGAGGGUGUCGCCGUUCUCAUCAACAGUUUUGCACGGUACCUGCCUGAUAUGGAUUUGGCUUUCAACCUGAACGACGAAUCGAGGGUCGCUGUGCCGUAUGACUGGAUGGAGUAUCUCGAAGCCAAAGGUCGAGCACAUGACAAGAGCGGGAGCUCGAGUUGGUCCCCCGAUCGUGCAGCAGGCUGGCUGCCGAUUCCCGAAAACGAAUAUACGGAGACGGUGUUUCGCGACAACUCCUGGCGCAACAGUUUCCGCACCUUUGGCUCAGUGAGCUGUCCUCCUUCCUCCCUCGCACGAGCUUCUCCACACAUUUCAUCCCAAUCGCACAUCUGCGGUAGCUGCGUGGCACCUCACUCUCUGGGCCAAUUCGUGGGCAACUGGUCUGAUGCCGCAGACAUAUGCCACCAGCCAGAUCUCGCCCGACUCCACGGCUUUUACCUCUCCCCGGCGGCGUUCAAGACUAGCUACCAGCUCAUGCCCGUCUUCUCUCAGUCGAAGCCGCACGGCUACAGCGACAUCCUGUACCCGUCCGCCUGGAAUUAUAUGGACAAAGCCAUCUACGCGCCUAGCGAUCCCAGGGGCACACCCGGAGAAGAAGACUAUCACCCCGGGUUUCCCGAUCCUCCAUUCGAGGAGAAGGAAAACGCCCUCUUCUGGCGCGGUGCUACCUCCGAGGGCGUCUCUUCAGAGAGCGGCGCCUGGCGCGGCAUGACCCGCCAACGCCUGGUGCACAUGGCCAACAAUCUCACGCACCAUCCACACGAUGCCGUGAGCAUCCUCCUCCCCAGCCCGGCGGACCACUCCAAAUAUCAAUACCAAACGAUCUCGGGGGCCGACGUCAAGAAGCUCGGCCUCCAGACCGAUAUCGCGAUUGUGGAUUUCAUCGCCCGGUGCGGCGGCAAAGACUGCACCCACCAGGAGCACGAAUUCAACCUGGUCGGACCGACGGAUUUCCAGGCGCACUGGCGGUACCGGUUCCUGUUCGACCUGGACGGCGCCGGGUUCAGCGGCCGGUUCCUGCCGUUCCUCCACUCGCGCUCCCUGCCCUUCAAGACGGCGCUGUUUCGCGAGUGGUACGACUCGCGGCUGACGGCGUGGCUGCACUUCGUGCCCCAGGACCUGCGCCUGCACGGCGUGUGGAGCAGCCUGGCGUACUUUGCGGGCGUCAACGGGACCAUGUUCGGCCGCCGCAUCUGGUGGAAGCCGCACGUCCAGGAGGCCGCGAUGAUCGCCGAGGCCGGCCGCGCGUGGGCGGGUCAGGUGCUGCGCAAGGAGGACAUGGAGUGCUAUUUUUUCCGCCUGUUGCUGGAGUGGGCGCGCCUGACGGACGACAAUCGGGAUGAAUUGGGCUUUGUGCUUUGA